CAAAACACACUUAGCUAGGUUACAUUUGUUCCAUGGACCAGCUAACGACAUAGUUGCGUAUCGAACUAGCCCGCGGAAUUACAAAUAUCUUUUUACAUUUUCUUUGUAAUUAUUUUGCACUAGGUAUUCUCUGGAUAGGACAGGAGUGGCUGGCAAGUUGCAAAGAUGUCUUUAGCCGAUGAACUGCUUGCGGAUUUGGAAGAAGCCGGAGACGAGGGCGAAGAUGAUCUGUACACCGGAGCCGAUGGAGGGGAGAGUGAAGGAGAGGCUGGGGCAGGAGAAGGAGGAGGAGGAUUGGAAGACAUACCAGAAGAGAUGGAGCUUGACUACAGUGGAACAGAGAGUGUCACUUCAAUUGCAAAGCUCAGAAACAGCAAAUCAUUUUCAGAGAUCAUGGAAAAGAUUGCACAGUAUGUUGGGAAUCAGCGCAAGAGCACAGAUGUGGCAGGGCCUGUGGAGGCAGACCCAGAGUACCGACUGAUUGUGGCCGCCAACAACUUGACAGUGGAAAUUGACAACGAACUGAAUAUCAUCCACAAGUUUGUCCGUGACAAAUACUCAAAGAGAUUCCCAGAGCUUGAAUCUUUGGUGCCAAACUCUCUAGAUUAUAUCCGGACUGUCAAGGAAUUGGGGAAUAACCUGGACAAGUGCAAAAACAACGAGACUCUCCAGCAGAUCCUGACAAAUGCCACUAUCAUGGUCGUCAGUGUGACAGCAUCAACUACACAGGGAACUAUGCUGGGCGAGGAUGAGCUACAGCGCCUAGAAGAGGCCUGCGACAUGGCUCUUGAGCUAAACCAAUCAAAACACAGGAUUUACGAGUACGUGGAGUCCCGGAUGUCCUUCAUCGCCCCCAACCUGUCUAUUAUCGUCGGGGCCUCCACUGCUGCUAAAAUCAUGGGUAUUGCUGGGGGCCUCACUAACCUGUCGAAGAUGCCAGCCUGUAACCUGAUGCUACUGGGCGCACAGCGGAAGUCCCUCUCUGGCUUCAGUAGCACCUCUUUGCUCCCCCACACCGGCUACAUCUACCACUGUGACGUGGUGCAGUCCCUGCCCCCUGACCUGCGGAGAAAGGCAGCCAGGUUGGUGUCGGCAAAGUGUGCCCUGGCAGCCAGAGUGGACAGCUUCCAUGAGAGUGUUGAUGGAAAGGUUGGGUAUGAACUGAAGGAGGAGAUUGAGCGGAAAUUUGACAAAUGGCAGGAGCCACCCCCUGUGAAGCAGGUGAAGCCUCUCCCUGCUCCCUUAGACGGUCAGAGGAAGAAGAGAGGGGGGAGGAGGUAUCGUAAAAUGAAGGAGCGACUGGGACUGACAGAGAUCAGGAAACACGCGAACAGAAUGACAUUUGCAGAGAUUGAGGAUGAUGCAUACCAGGAGGAUCUGGGCUUCAGCUUGGGUCAGCUGGGCAAAUCGGGCAGCGGCCGUGUCAGACAGGCACAAGUCAACGAGGCCACCAAAGCCAGGAUCUCAAAGUCACUCCAGAGGACACUGCAGAAGCAGAGCAUGGUUUAUGGAGGGAAGUCGACAGUGCGAGACCGCUCCUCUGGGACCAGCUCCAGUGUGGCCUUCACCCCACUGCAGGGGCUGGAGAUUGUGAAUCCUCAAGCUGCAGAGAAGAAGGUGACCGAGGCCAAUCAGAAGUAUUUCUCCAACAUGGCCGAGUUCCUCAAGGUCAAGAGGGAGGGGGAGGGUAAAAUGUGAGGCCGCAGCUGCACGCUAAUGCUUAGAGAAGCUGUAGAACCGGGUUACACAGCUAUAACUGUGCAGGUGCAGAGGGCUUAGGGAAGUGUGGUUUCAAAUGGCAGCAAAAUGACCUAAUUUUAAAAUUUUGUCAAGGUUGAACUUGGAACUUAGCAGGAAGCAAUUAUGAC